AUGGCGCUUCCCAAGGGCAUGCGCUACUUGGCUGGCGCCACUUUCUGCAUCUUCGUCUAUCUGUUUGUGCAAAUCCUCAAGGCCCCUGGUUCCGAGAAACCCGUCGAGAUUCCGAGCAAAGUUCCGACGAACAAAUUCGGCGACUGGGACCACGACCCCCAAUUGGAUCCCUCCGGCGAACCUCCCGAGCCGCUACGACGAGUCGACGGUGACAACUACGCCCCGAACAAUCCCGCGAGCGCGCGCAUCAACGCCACGAUCCUCAGUCUAGUCCGCAAUGAAGAGCUCCACGACAUGCUGCAAAGCAUGCGCGACCUUGAGCGUACGUGGAACCACAAGUUCAACUACCCCUGGACCUUCUUCAACGAUAAGCCCUUUACCGAAGAGUUCAAAAAGGCCACGCGAGCAGCUACCAACGCCGAAGUACGAUACGAACUGGUUCCUGCCGAACACUGGGACAUUCCGUCGUGGAUAAACAUGGACUUGUAUGAGGAGUCUGUGUCGCUACUCACGUCGCUGGAUGUACAGUACAUGGGCAAGAAGUCUUAUCACCAGAUGUGUCGGUGGAACAGCGGCAUGUUCAGCGAGCACCCUGCGCUCAAGGACAUCCAAUACUACUGGCGGGUGGAACCAAACGUCCACUUCUUCUGCGAUGUGGAUUACGAUGUCUUUGCUUGGAUGCAAGACCACAACAAAACGUACGGCUUCAACGUCAACAUCUACGAUAACGCCGACAGCGUUGCGACGUUGUGGCCAGAAACGAAGAAGUUCAUCCAAGACAAUCCGGGAUAUGUACAUCCGAACAAUGCGCGCGAGUGGCUGGAAGACGACCAGCGCCGGCCUGAGAACAACAAGAAAGCCCAUGGCUACUCAACAUGCCACUUCUGGUCCAAUUUCGAGAUCGGCGACCUGAGCUUUUGGAGGAGCAAAAAGUACCGCGACUAUUUCGACCAUCUCGAUCGCGCUGGAGGCUUCUUCUACGAACGUUGGGGCGACGCUCCAGUACACAGCGUCGCACUGGGACUCUUCGAAGACAAGAGCAAGAUACACUGGUUCCGAGACAUCGGAUACCAACACAUACCCUUUUUCAACUGCCCGAACAGUCCAAAGUGUUCCGGUUGCGUCACUGGUCAGUUUACAGACGGCGAGAAGUGGCUGAACCGGGAGGAUUGUCGGCCGUUAUGGUUCAAAUACGUUGGCAUGGACUGA